UAAAAGGAUCUGCUUUCAGAGCUUGGCAUCACAGAGGGCUGGUUGCUGAGCUCCCGACACUAGCAGAGUGUGAACCUGAACUACCUUGGAGGGAGAAAGCGGCAAACAGAAACCCCACAGAGAGACAUUUGCAGUCUAACCAUGAGCGAGAGAAAAAACACUGGAGCAAAAUAUGGGAAAGAGAAGACAUCUGAUGGAAAAGACGCAGCCAGAGCUUCGAAGGAGGAUGCCGAGGAAUUUGACAUAGACCUGGAUGCCCCUGAGACAGAGAAGGCUGCUGUCGCCAUACAAAGUCAGUUCAGAAAAUUCCAGAAGAAAAAGCAGGACCCUUCUUAGGCUUUCCGUUGGGUGCUGAGAAAAACAGCACACAACAGGUCAACUCACUCAUAGCUGUCUUCUAUUGGUGCAUGCAGAAAAGGAAACACCGUUAGUGUGUGCGUAUUGAAUAAAUUCCCGAAAAUUCUUAUGUAAUACUACCCUUAGCCAUUCACUUGUAACCUGUUCCUAUUAUUAUUCAUACCUUAAUAAAGUCAGUAUUGUACCUGA